ACUCACCACACUGACAUGUCAGUUAAGUGUGACGUCAUGUCGGCGGUCGGGUGUGUACCUGGACAGUUUGAUGACGCAGAGGAGAAGAGCAACCAAUCAGAGGUGUCUGCUGUACGGUCUGAGGUCAGUGAUGUCGCUCUGCAGCCGCCACAUCAACAGGAGGAGGAGGAGGAGGAGGAGGAGGACUAUGAUGAUGAUGAUGAUGAUGAUGAAGAUGAAGAGUGGGCAUGGCAUUCAGCAGGAGGAAAUCUGACCAAGAGAUACAACAGGAUGACUCUCAACUGUCAGUCCAACAGACAGAAUCCGUCCAAUAAGAUGCUGCCGUCGUCAACGCCUUCAGAUAAAGCUCUAAGGAAAUACGAGCACAAGAUCAACCUGGAUAAACUGAACUAUGCAGACUCUGUGAUCAAUAAAGUGACGAUGAUGCAGAAACAGAAAGACGCUGAUACGUACAGAGUGAAGGACAAAUCAGAUCGAGCCACAGUCGAACAGGUUUUAGAUCCUCGGACUCGAAUGAUUCUGUUUAAGAUGUUGAGUCGUGGAGCAAUCUGUGAAAUCAGCGGCUGCAUCAGCACCGGGAAGGAGGCGAACGUUUAUCACGCCAGCACGUCGGCCGGAGAACGCCGCGCCAUCAAGAUCUACAAGACGUCCAUCCUGCUGUUCAAAGACCGAGACAAAUACGUCAGUGGAGAGUUUAGGUUCCGUCACGGUUACUGCAAAGGGAACCCCAGGAAGAUGGUGAGGACCUGGGCAGAGAAGGAGAUGAGGAACCUCAUCAGGCUGCAGACGGCAAGAAUCCCGAGUCCAGAACCUCUGCUGCUCAGAAGUCACGUUCUGCUGAUGAGCUUCAUUGGAAAAGACGACAUGCCAGCUCCUCUGCUGAAGAAUGCAUCGUUUUCGGAGUCGAAGGCUCGUGAGCUCUACCUGCAGGUUCUACAGAACAUGAGGAAAAUGUUUCAAGAAGCUCGACUCGUCCACGCCGACCUCAGCGAGUUCAACAUGCUUUAUCACAACGGAGACGCUUACAUCAUCGACGUGUCGCAGUCGGUAGAACACGAUCAUCCUCAUGCUCUGGAGUUCCUCAGGAAGGACUGCAGCAACGUGAACGAUUUCUUUGUGAAGCACGGUGUGGCGGUGAUGACGGUCAGAGAGCUGUUUGACUUCAUCACAGACCUGUCCAUCACCUGUCACAACAUCGAUCAAUACCUGGAGAAGGCGAUGGUGAUUGCAGCUGAACGGACGUCGCAACAGCGAUCAGAUCAGGAUCGAGUGGACGAGGAGGUGUUUAAGAACACCUACAUCCCCCGCACGCUGACAGAGGUGAGUCACUACGAGCGAGACAUCGAACUGAUGAGGGCGAAGGAGGAAGAGUCGGUCAUCAGCCAUCAUGACAACAUCUUGUAUCAGACUCUCACUGGACUGAAGAAAGAUCUGUCAGGAGUUCAGACGGUUCCUGCUCUCCUGGAGGACAAGCAUUCAUCAUCCUCCUCCUCCUCCUCGGAUGAGGAUGAUGAUGAUGAUGAGGAGGAGGAGGGGAGGGAGACAGCUGGCCAGGAGCAGAACGAGGAAACUUCGAUGGACAAAAAGGAGAAGAAGAAGAAGGUGAAAGAAGCUCAGAGAGAAAAAAGAAAAAACAAGGUCCCAAAACACGUGAAGAAGAGGAAGGAGAAGGUCACCAAGAUGAAGAAGAGCAGAUGAGUUCCUGUGUGUCGCCACGACAGCGAUCCCAGUAAACAUGAACACGACUGAACAAAAAGCCGCCAAUCACAGCUCAAAUCUUUCUCAGCUCAACGCCCACUUACUCAACCUAGAUGUGGCCCAAAGCUCUGGAAGAAGCUCCGGCUCUGAUUGGUUUAACCACGACCUGAUGACAUCACCAUCUGCAGCAGGCGUGAACCUGCUCCUCAGUCAAUCGACAUCAGACACAAACUGAUUAACGAUCGAUAACUUUUAAUCAGAUGUUUUUUUCUUUUGCUGCUGAAAUCAGCUGAUGUAGUCAUUACGAACAUCGUGACUCUACGAACAUUACGAAGGCGUGUCCAGUGUGGGGGUGAAGCCACAGAAGCUGUGUUCACGAAUCUGACUGACUCGAGGUCAAAGGUCAUAGAAAGAAUCUGCAACGUAAACAUGAAAUAAAACUUCUUGUUCUCGUGA